CGGCUGCCAUCAUGGAACAUCGAGCAACACUUCACCUGAGUCGCUGCAAGUCUGAGUUAUCGUCCAUGACAACCCAACAUCCGCAUUUUCCCCGGUUCGCCAUAUAUAGAUAUUGACCGAUCGUAUACAGCUGGCAAUGGCGCCAACAGCACCCGCCCCCUCAAAGCGCCUCACAGCGCGCCAAAAGGCCCGCGCCCGCCUCGCCGACCCCCUCCUUCCGCGCAAGCUCCACCGCGAGAACAAUUUCGUGGUUGACUCCUUCAUCAACUCGAAGCGCGACAAGCGGCUGAUCAAGCACUCGGCCUUUGUCUCGCGCAUCGCCAAGUCCUCCUCGUCGUCGUCCACGGCGUCCAAAAAGCGGCGGCGCCCCUCCAAGAAGCUCGUCACGACACUCGAGUCGCUGGGCGACGCGCUCGACGAUAUCCAGGCCGAGAUGGACGACGCAGUGGCCGAGGGCGAGGCCAUGGACGCUGAGCAGGCGCGGGAGGGCAAGGUGCGGCACAAGAGCCUGAAGAGCCGGCCCGGUGCGUUGAAGCGGAAGGAGAGGCUAGUGAAGGGGGAGAUGGAGCGGUUUGGGCGGAGUCUGGCACAGCUCGCCAAUAUUUCGACUGCCAGCAGUGCACCAGCACCUGCUGCGGGCGAUGGACAGAGUGAAAAGAUGGAUACGGAGGGAGAGAAAGGGAAGCAGGGGGGAGAAACCCAGACACAGACACCGGCUACAUCGAGUCGGUGGGCAGCGUUGAGGAGUUUCAUCUCGGCAACAAUGGAACAGAACCCUGCCUUCUUAGCCAAGACAUGA